AUGAGAUUGGUCAAGUGUUGGUUUUGCUCUUCUACAGUAUAUCCAGGACAUGGUAUCCAGUUUGUCCGCAACGAUGCAAAGAUUUUCAGGUUCUGUAGGUCUAAAUGCCACAAGAACUUCAAGAUGAAGAGGAAUCCGCGUAAGGUUAAAUGGACUAAAGCAUUCAGAGCGGCACAUGGAAAGGAUAUGACUCAGGAUACAACGUUUGAGUUUGAGAAGAAGAGAAACAGACCUGAGAGAUAUGACAGGAACGUUGUACAGGACACUCUCAUAGCCAUGAAGAAGAUUAGCAAAAUCAAAGACAAAAGAGAAGCAGAUCACAUAUGGAGGAGGUUGAAGCCAAACAAAAAGAAGAUACGCGAGGAUGCAACCAACGAGAUUGAUCAAAACAGUUCAUUGACUGUGGCACCAGGUGCACGGAAGGACAAAGUCUUGGUCUCCACAAGCAAGUCUGUUCAAAACGAAGCCAUGGAAGAGUGA